AUGAGCCACCCUUCUCCCCAGAAGAACGGCGGCAAUAAUGUUCCCCCUCCAAGGCAGAUUCGCUUUGUCUCAACUGAUGGACAGCCUCAGACUAAACGACGUCGAGUCAACGCGGCAUGUCGGACGUGUCGCAAGCGCAAAAUACGAUGCUCGGGUGAACAACCAGUGUGCAAAACAUGUUCCGAUUAUAAUCACAUAUGCUUAGGGUACAACGAGCCGUCUACUCAUACUCGAUCGCAAUCCGAUGUCGCAUCACGCAACCCUACCAUCCCUCCUCUACUGGGACCCAGUGAUAGUUCCAGUACGGCGGUAAAAGUCGAGAGUCGUUCCCCAGAUUCUCCCCCGCAGGCCACAAUACCACCCAGCGAUGAUCAUCUGGACAAGCCGUCCGGGGUAUCUAAGCCGUUCGAAUCGAAAGACGCCUCCUUGACAAGGGAAACAUCUUUGAGGAUGACGAAGGACUCUGAGCAGCACACUAUAGGGGAAAGUCCAGAGAGUAGUCGUACCUCUUUGAGCUCUACCGCCCGCACCCAUGUUCCCUACUUCAGGUACUUCGGGCCAACCGCUAUUGUUCCUGGUUUCAAACAGAUGGUGCGAGUGCCCCUCCGAUCUAUUACGAUAAACGCUCUUAGUAAUCCAUCGCUAUCCUCAGAGUCAUUGUCCCCUCUGCGAAGCCCAAAGUUUUCGGAUCUUGGGGUUGGUCGCCUAAAUCCAAUCGCUGAUAACCGCGACAAUCGUGAUGCAAACACCAUUCCUUUUUAUGACCGGGACGAUUCCUUGUCUGUCAGCAAUUUGGUGACACACCUUUGUGAUCUCUUUUUCGUGCAUUUGGGAUGCAAUUUCCCUUUCCUCCAACGUGAAAGGUUUCUCCGUGACCUUAAGGACAAAAAGGUCGACACUAUGCUCGUAGAUGCUGUCUGUGCCUUAUCCGCGCGAUUCUCUCCUCAUCCUCUAUUGAGUCCACCCCAAGCUCCGCCUAUUGAUGGUUCAGAACCUAAGGUUGAUGUGAGGAAGUCAGACCGCGGCCAACCAUUUGCCCAUAGAGCAAUGGGCGCACUCGUCGACUCUUUAUCAUGCCCUACGUUAUCUGUUGUCCAGGCAUGUCUGUUGCUAGCCUACGAGGAAUUUGGAUCAAAUCACGACAGUGGCCUCUGGAUGUAUUUAGGCAUCUCUAUUCGCAUGGCCCAGGAUCUUGGGAUGCAAAAACUGCAGGGGCUAAAAUAUAACUAUGGCCAAAGUGGUGUGACACCAAAUGCAGUUGUGACGGGGCAGGCUGGGAAGCUGAGAGAAGAACAGUACGAUGACCCUCAAAACUCUCAAAGCAUGAUGGAUGAUGCACAAGACAGCGAAAUCCAACGUGCUUGGGAGCGAGAGAGGGUUGACACUUUUUGGAGUAUAUUCUUUCUUGAUCGAGUUAUCUCAUCCGGGACAGGACGGCCGGUAACCUUACGUGACGAGGACAUAGAGUUGUGUUUUCCCCUGCAAUCAGAGUCUCUGCUGCCUAACGGUUGGCCUGCGCCCUUUCCGCCGCUUAUUCGCAUUAUACAUCUCUAUGGCAGAGUUACGGAUCUCAUUAAUGGUAUUCAGGAUGUGAAUCAUGUCACCACAGACACCUUGAAAAGAUUGGCCGGGAUGGAAAGUGAUCUUACCGGCAUAUACCAGCGUUUAUCGCCGAGGCUUCAUUUCAACGCGGCCAACUUUCAAGCAUAUGUAAAGGCGAAAGAAGGAACGAAUUUCAUUCUCCUCCAUUUCUGGUUUCACACUCUGAUCGUCCUCCUUCACCAACCAACUCUUUUGAAUUCUUUUGGGGGCUCUAUACAGCACCUCUAUCCGAACAGCAGGGAGUUAUCGAUGUCUUCGGCUAAAACAAUUGCGGAUAUAUUGUCUUUCUCUGAGCUUGUUGAUGGGAAAAGCUUCAUUGGCAAUCCUUUUACCAGCCAGCCGAUGUAUAUUGCUGCAUGUGCUUUCCUCAUGGAGAGCACAUAUUAUUCUUCACCGUCCUCGAGGCCUGGCUCCCCUCCCUGUCAGCCUCUGUUGGCAAACCAGACUAGUGGCUUCGUGAUGCCAAAUCUGGACCCAUCAAGUGGAACAGAGCGAAAACCAACUGCUAAGCACAUUCUUCUCUCCUCUGCUGCAAAGGAAAAUUAUCAACGGUGCUAUAAAGCGUUGAAGGCACUUGAGACUUACUGGGAGGGAACCAAAUAUAUACUUACUGUUCUCGACCAAAAGGCCAAGGGAAUUGUCGAUCCUCUCUUGUACACCGAGGAAGAGAUGGAAGGUACGGCUGGGCCUCCCUCCCUUCAGCCUUUUGCCACGCCAGGCUGGCGACAGCCAAGUACUUCAGUGGGUGUUACUGGCGGCUCCGACGAGUCAGUUACAGGCUCGGAGGCUCGGUCACCAAGAAUCGAUCCUAGUCAAGCUAUCGGGUGGGCUUUGACUGGAGCAACCAACUCUUCACAGCCGAAUUUAAGCGUGUUGUAUCAAAUGCCUGCUGCCCAGCCGGAUUCUGCCCCUAAUAAGCCCGCCUAUUCAUCUCAGUAUAGCCAUAGCUACCCCAGUUUACCGAUGCAGUCCAGUACUGGUGCGAACUCGGGUUCUUACUCCCAAUCACUUGAGCCUUCCAGAACAACAACCGCCACGUCAGGCUCGCCAAUCACAGCUGGGCCUGGAAAAUAUUCACCACUUGCCUCCUCCGGACGCGCUUCAACAUCAGAUGCGAGCCUUCUUUUGGGCCUGAACACAUCCUAUUCGACUUCUGCCCCUCGUCCUCCACAUUCUCAUCCCGCCUACAACCCAAGUCUUACCGCUUCUUCGUCCCGACUAGAUGCAGAAACCUCCGCCUAUAGCUACAAUGCCACGUCUGGUGGCAACGGGCAGCCAGCGGGUAGCACCCACAUAGUUUCCAGACCCUCACAAAUGCACGGAGCUGGCCCCCAUGUGGGGGACGUAUUCAUUGAAAGCCAGGAUAUCGACAUGGCUUCUCUUCAGCAACAAGACCAGUUCCCAUUCACCUUCAAUAUGAUUUCGCAUCCCUGGGACGAGCAUAACGACAACGAGCACGAGGAGAUGGGAGAACAGUUGAGACUGGUACCUACUAUUCGGAAGCAGCGCAAUGCCUUUCGAAAAUCUAGCUCAGUUAGAGCAAUGCAGAUGCACACUGAGGAUGAGGGUGACGGCGAGUACUUGACGCCACCAAAACGAAGGGGAGCGCAUCGCAUGUCGGAUGGUCCAUUGCUGACCAAGCAAUCUCCGUGUUACUCACCCACUGGAAUUGUGGCCAAGCAGACAACCAAAAAGGAAUAUCCUCUCGUGCUACUACAUUGCACCUUGCUCCCUCCAUCACUCCCCAUACCAGGGAUAGUGGGCUAUCCAGACCAGAAGAUUCUGAGGGAGGUACUGCCAGCGGAGUACUGGAAGCGGUGGAAGCUGCUAGAGGACAAGAUUGGCUCUGUCGUGCUUCGGGAGCGGGGUGUGCUUAUCUCACAUCCGGAGGAUAUGUAUGAUCUUCUGGAAGAGCGGCUUUUGGAAAGUUUGGAGUUGCAGCGCCCGAGGUUUGACCAUGGACACUUUUUGGGCCAUGAAGGAACUGAUGCAGACAGAGAAGAUCAAUCUAUGGCGGAGGAGAGCGCAACAGACGACGAACAAGGGGAGCAUAUACUCGAAGCCCAGCAGCAGAAAUCGAACUUCAGACCCUUUUGGUGA